CGGAAGCCCGGAAGGCGAUAGCCGGACCGCGGUGGCCUGAAUGCGCUGCGCAGCGGCCGGGCGCGCGUGCGCACUGCGCUGCCGGGGUUGCAGCCGUGGUCCGGGGGGUGCCUGCGGCGGAACCCCUCUUCUCCCCACCUUCGAGGCCCGGCCGAGGACCGCAGCCUUCGCUUGGGCGGCUCGGCCCCGGCCGUGAGGGGCCUGGCGGAGACGGCUGCGUGCGCACGGAGCCCAGGCACGGCGCACCGGAGAGGGCCCACGGCAUGGCGGAAAACCGAGAGCCCCGCGGGCCCGCGGAGGCCGAGCUGGACCCGGUGGAAUACACCCUGAGGAAACGCCUUCCUCACCGCCUGCCCCGUCGGCCCAACGACAUAUACGUCAACAUGAAGACUGACUUUAAGGCCCAGCUGGCCCGCUGUCAGAAACUGCUGGACGGAGGGGCGCGGGGCCCGAACGCGUGCACGGAAAUCUACAUCCACGGGCUGGGCCUGGCCAUCAACCGUGCCAUCAACAUCGCCCUGCAGCUGCAGGCCGGCAGCUUCGGGUCCUUGCAGGUGGCCGCCAAUACCUCCACCGUGGAACUCGUGGAUGAGCUGGAACCGGAGUCUGAUGCGCGAGAGCCGCUGACCCGGAUCCGCAACAACUCGGCUAUCCACAUCCGGGUCUUCAGGGUCACACCCAAGUGAUGCAGGCCAAACUGGGUCCCCUUCUCCACCGACUCCCCUCAAGACUAAGCCAGGCCCCCCGUGGUGCACUUGCGGGAUGGCAGUUCUUAUUCUGGGUUCUGGCCUGGAGGUGCCCUCCCCCCCCUCACAUCCAUGUAAGAAAAGCCCAUAGGACUCUGGAUUGAGGACAGAGAAAUUGCCUCUUCUUGGUCCCCAGGGGAGGAUGUUCCUCCUGCUAUACAAUAAAAAAUACCGCCCCC